GUCUAAGAAAGUCUAAGUACUCCUUUCAGAAAUAAUAAUUGUAAAUCUUCAUUAACACAGUAUUACGAGACUACCUCGAAAUUCUUUAUUUCAUCUAAUGAUUAUCUGUAAAAGUAAAUGUGUUUUCUCAUAUAUCGUAAACAUCGGCGUUUUUUAGUAGAAUAGCAACGUGUUUCCGUGUUUAUCAGCGGUUGAUAAUGUCGCUGGAGGGUGUAGAGUGUGUGCGGGUGAAGGCGGAGCCCCCGUGGGAGUACACAGAGCUCGAGCAGCCCGAGGCACAGGCGACGCUCACAUAUACGGUGAAGGUAGAGCCCCAAUGCCCCCAAUCGGAGAGCGAGGUCGCUUGUGGCGUGAGCGAUGCCAGCCUGCAGCUCAAACAUGAGGUGAAAGAGGAAAUUGAAAUUGAAGUUGGCCCUGAGGAGUUCCAUCAAUCCAAAGUCUGUCGUUUGCUUCCGCGGGAGUUAGCUAGCCUAUAUACGCAUGAGCAAUCCGGUACGUUGAUGGCAGAGGUUAAGACAGAACCUGAAGAUGAUAUUUGUGACAGUAAGACACAUGCCAGCUUGUACAAAGUUCAUGAGAGUGCACAGACCAGGCAUGUAGACUACAUGGUGAAGGUUGAGGAUGCAUGUGGGGUGAGUGCCGCGCGAACAGGCGAAGACGAACUUGUUGGCCCGGAGGAAUGCCAGAAGCCCAAAGAGAUUUUAAUGUCUCCAGGGCCAAUUCAACGUGAAGACCGAAGGACGAAACAAGGCUCGAAAUCUUUACGGAUUAGCAAAAAACGAAAGCGAAAACAUGAAGAAACGGCGCAACCAGACUCGCAAUUUUCAAUUCUUCGAAAAACACUUAUUCACGGGAAAAGUGCAGACGAGAACCCAUAUAAAUGUAACUAUUGCAAUUACUCUAGCACUAAUAAGAAUCAUGUAAAAAAUCAUAUUGUGACGCACACUGGAGAGAAACCAUACAAGUGUGACUACUGUACUUACACUUGCGCCAGGACUGGUGAUUUGAACCGUCACAUGAAAAUACACACUGGUGACACUUUUAAAUGCGACUACUGUACUUACGCUUGUGCAAGUAAGCGACUUCUAAAACAACAUUUAUUUACUCACGGUGAUAAACCCUACAAAUGUAAACACUGCAACUACGCUGCAAACAAUGCGAGUAAUUAUAACAAUCAUAUGUUGAUACACACCGGUGAAAAGUCUCACCAAUGCAGUUACUGCUCUUACUCCACUUCCCGAAGAACCGAUUUAAUAUGUCAUAUCAGAAUACACGUUGGUCUAAAGCCUUACAAGUGCGAUCAGUGUGGUUAUGCUAAUGCCAAAUUAGGUAAUUUAAGACAUCAUAUGAAGAUACACACUGGAGACACACCUCAUAAAUGUGAGCACUGUGGUUAUGCUACCGCGUAUAAAAGCAAUUUAAAAGCCCAUAUGAAGAGAGUACAUAAAAAUUACUUACCUUCGUCUGAAUAAGGUGGCCCGUUCAGUUUUUUUGCGAACACACUAGUGUUUUACAUUUACACCGACCGAAAUCAAAGAAUAAAUAAUAAUACUAUCUUACAGAAAUGACAGUUCCUACAAAACCGAAGUUCGACAGCGAUUCACGGACAAAUCAUGCUGUCUCUUUCUAUUUUAUGCUACUAUCCCUUUCGGCUAUUUAGGGUUGUCAAAAUUCAAGUCAUCUGUGGUUGUGCAUACAAAGGGACGUGAAGUUGUACCAACCCUAAUAAUUGCUCGGAGCAAUGCUGAGCCGAAUGCAGCCGAGAAUGCCCGAACGCUCUUGUGUCUCGCCACUGCCGAAAUGAACUAAAAUAACUAAAGUCUGUCUGUCUGAGCUCAAAAAUGACCCCACAGGAAUUGUGCCGCGAGCGACUCAACUACAAAACAAAAAAAAAAAUCAAAAAAAAUCAGUCGAAUUGAGAACCUCCUCCUUUUUUGAAGUCGGUUAACAACUAAGAAGAUAUGGACUCAACCAUACAUCGAGCCGCUUCACAUCGACGAAUAUUACAACCUUUUGUCUCGUCUUGUCGGGGGCACGGCUGUGCCCCCAGAUGCCGCGCAAGGGGUUUGGCAUAUAGAAUCUUAUUUUAGCCAAACAACACUUAUUGGCCAAUCACGUCUUUCUGAAUAGCGGGAAAUUGUGCAAUACUAUCAUCCAAAGCAAAGAUAUGGAGUAUAUGCCGGCAAACAUCCAUUGACGAAGAAAUGGAGACACGGAAAUGGAUAGAACAUACUAUUCGAAGAUGGGAAACUAAUAACGCUACCAUCGCUUUGGAUUGGAUACCGCCGGACGGACACCGUGGCUCCGGGCGCCCUGUACACUUCGGGCAACGGUCCGUCCUAAGUGAUCUACGAGCGGUUGAGCUGGAGCGAGGCCAGAAGGGUCGCUGAAGAUGAUGAUGUUCGUGGCGUGGCGCGACCUUGUGAAGGCCCUUUGCACCUCUGGGGUGCCUUAGAACAACAACAACCAUUCAAAGCUGCGCGCGAUGGGCGGAGGUAUAUUAAUGGAAAAGAGAUAUAGGGAUGACUUUUAGUCAAGUCAAAAAUAUACUAGGAGCUUUGUUUAGGUGUAUAUAUUCCGUCGCGGGCUAUAUAAAGUCAAGUUAAAUACUGGAUUUGGUGGGAUCGAGUGCUAUGAGCGUAUAAAAUAAACAAUUUGGUUUGGAAGUAA